AUGAACGGAAAACACACAACUACCACGACCACGACUACUCCCGCGACCAAGAAUACUACUCCCGCGACCACGACAUCAACAACGACAAAGUCAUCGCGAACACCUCAACAGAGGUCAGAUGAGAUAUUGAAGAAUGUUACGAGGUUGUAUUACUCGGUCACUGUGGACAACUUUAAGCGCGAGCAAGAGUUGGAGGGUUUGAAGAGACAGCAGAGGGAUGUCCAGACAAAGAUUGAUGCGUUGGAGCGCACCACAACACAGUACAAACACAAUAGCGAUGCGGAACUGGACGCGCUCAAACGUAUGAUAGCCAAAGAGAGCGCCAGACAUAUCUUCAUGGAGACAAUGAUCAAACGGCUGCGGGAUGUCGCAGGGCCGAGCAAACAGCAGCAGCAGCAGGGCGUGAAUGGGCAGUACAACAGUCAACUUCGCGAGCUACUCGACUUUCAGAGCCAGAUAAACGCGACUCAGAAGAGCAUGGCCGAGUUGAUCAAGACAUCGACGGCCAAGGAGGAGCAUCUCGACAACUUUAUACGCGACCUGGAGAGCAGGGUGAGCGAGCUGGCAAAGCGACGCGAAGAGAUGGACCGCGCGGCAAAGAACAAGAAGGAGGUUGACCUGCUGAUACAACGUCUGGAGAAGGACAGCUCGACCAUGUCGCUCAAGGCCAGCGACAUCAUCGUCAACAUACAACGCUCGUAUGAGCGCACACAGGCGCCAGACGACCUCGAGCUGUCCGACCUCAAGCGCAAGCAUGCCGUGCACAACAACGUCGUUCAGCUGCUGCCCGGCUCGCCAGGGUCCCCGUCGUCGCGCCCGACUGUCGUGUCCCCCAGCCGCGACACUGGCUCCCCGACCAAGGACUUCCGGUCGAUCCUCCAGAGCCAAAAAUCCUCGCCAAACCAGACACAUCGAUCAUCGCCCAACCUGCACAAUGUAGUCGUCAGCUCAAACAACAAGACGCCAUUGUCCUCGAGUGGCGGCAUCAGUGCCAGUGCCAAGGACUCGGGCGUCAAAGUUGCCAAUGUUGGUGGCGGUGGCGCCAGCAACAGCAGCGAGAAUCUAAAGACCUCGAGCGCAGUUGGCUCCAAGGGCAGUGGCAAGCCUCAAUCGCCAGACAUUACAGCCGAGCGAUCAACACUAUCUCAAUCAAUCACCAUCCAGACCAAUCAAUACCCCAUCACACUGGAUAUUCAAGGCGAGCUACACUACAGCACAUACAGUCUGGCGCAAGACAUGAUUGGCUCGCUUCGCCAACGCUUCUUUGAGCAGCUUGGCCGCGCCAUCCUCGACCCCCUGGACAUCCGCACCGUGGACGACCUCUCCAUCAAGACAUCAUCACAUAUUUAUUUCUCCGACGAGAAGGCCUAUGUCAAGUACAUACCUUACUUCGCGGACCAAAUCAACCAGACAGACGACAAGUCACUCAAUCCUGUACUUUACAUUGUAUCAAAGAAACAUGAAACACUAUUUAACCAUCAGAUCAAUCAGAUCCUGGAGAACUACAACGAAUCAAUCAAGACAACCAACGAGGAGUCUAUUUACUUUAGGAACAAGAUGAUAAGCUUCCUAGACUCGAUAAACAAACAGAGAAAGAAACAGGAUGGCGAGAUCAAGUCAUUCAGAGGCCCAAUGCUCAAUCUUAUUAGCAAGCUGCGAACAGAGACACAGGCAUCCAACUCAUUGAGCAACAGUGGCAAUUACUCAAAGACCAUGCCAAACCUGACAUCACAGGCACAGCAGCAGAUCAUACAGAUGGCCAAUCAGCUGUCACCGCGAGGUGCCGGCUCUGGUCAAACACUGAGCAGCUCCACCGAGAUAUCAAACGCAACAUUCAACGACCUGAGCGGGUGGAAGUCAUGCUCGCCGUCCAAUCGCCAGACAAGCACUGCGUCACACGCAGGCAUCUGCACGAUCCGCAUAUUCAUAAGUCACGACAUCAUCAAGACAUUCCAGUGCCACGUGCAGACAUCUGUGGGCGACCUCAUCGACAGCAUAUACUCCAAGUUUGCCAAGAUCAUCCAGAUGUCGCACAAGGUGUCGGCGACUCUGCCAUUACACGAACUCAAGACGAUGUUUGUGUACAAGAUCCGAGGCCUUGAGAUCUUCCUGCUCAAUCAAUCGAUGCCGCUGUCGUCCAUCGACUUUAUCAACACAAAGUCGCGUCGUCAGAAGAAGAUCGACCUGCUGCUCAUCCCCAAGAGCUCGAUGGACGCCGUGCAGCAGCAGACGCUGGCCGCGGCCAACUUUGACUACCUCCAGAUGAACAAGCCACACUCGCGCGAGUCGCUCGAGAUGGACCUAGACGACUAUGCGCUCGACCCCUCCACGCCCAACCUCUCGCACUCAGUCACAAAGCGAUUCCGUCUACGCAUUGGCGGCCUCAAGAACUUCUACACUGAGAAGAACCCCGGCCUGUCGCCGGCGCGCUCGCCACGCCUCUACAUCUGCUGCCAGAUGUACCACUGCGGCUAUCCGAUUGGCGAAGAGAUGCAGUCCACACAACUGCCACUCACGUCCAACCCGUCUUGGCUCACAUGGGUGGAGAACGGACCUUCGUACAACAACAUCCCCUCCAACACGACCAUGUGCCUGCAGAUCAAGGCCAAGCAGUCAGGCGUGCGCGAGGACGUUGUGGUGGGCUGGGUCAACUUCCGCGUGUGGAACUACCAGAACCGUCUCAACUCGGGCUUCCACUGCCUCAGCACGUGGGACACCAAGCCAGACCCGAUCGGCACGCUUCAUGAGAACCACACUAAGCCCGACGCCAUCACGCUCUCCUUUGAGAUCGAGAUGACGGCGCCGCCCAUCAUAUAUGCGCCUCUGCCCAGUCCCACGGCGUCCCUAUCGAGCGCGAUGGCGUCCAAGCAGCAGCAACUCACCAACAACAUCAACAACAGCAACCUCCAGCUGUCGUUUAGCGAGAUGCAAGCGCUGACGGCCAUCAUUGAGAAGGACCCGCUGUCGGACCUGACGCAGGAAGAGCAGGACCUGUGUUGGAAGCAUCGAUUCUAUUGCAAACACAUACCAAAGUCCACGGCCAAGGUUAUCCUGUCUGUGCCCUGGAACACGCCGGCGUGUGUGCAAGAGCUGUACCAUCUGCUUGCCGACUGGUCGGCCAUGGAGCCCGUCGACUGCCUCGAGCUCCUGAGCUCCAAGUUCCUCGACACCGAGGUGCGUCGCUUCGCCAUCCGCAACCUGCGCCGCAUCACUGAUGCCGAGCUGUCGCUCUACCUUCCCCAGCUGGUGCAGGCGCUCAAACAUGAGCCCAACCACUACUCCAUCCUGGCACGCUUCCUACUUCGUCGCGUGCUACUCAAUCGCCAGCAGAUUGGACACGUCUUCUUCUGGCAGAUCAAGGCCGAGAUCUCCAAUCUGAACCAGGCCACUCACUCUGAGUGGGUAGAGCGCUACUCCCUGAUCCUGGAGGCAUUCCUCAAGGGCAGUACCACACGCAUGGGCGACAUAUUCAAACAGUUUGAGUUCUACACCAAGAUCAAGGAUGUGGCGAUUGGCGUCAAGGCAGUGCCGGCCACCAAGCACAGGGACUAUCUGGGGACCGCGCUCAACGCUCUCAAGCUGGCCAACGACUUCCAACUGCCCAUCAACCCAGAGCUACGCGCCAGAGGCAUCGAGGCCAGCUCAUGCAAGGUCAUGCACUCCAAGACCCUCCCUCUCUGGAUGUCCUUCUUCAAUCAUGACCCACUUGGAGACAACAUCACCACCAUCUUCAAGGCAGGUGAUGACCUACGCCAAGACCAGUUAACCAUUCAGAUGAUCGACCUCAUGGACAGAAUGUGGCUAGCGGAAGGCAUUGACCUCCAGACCAUUAGUUACAAGUGUAUUGCGACAGGUCCUUUUGAAGGAAUGAUUGAGGUGGUCGGUGAAGCGAUGACCAUUGCCGAGAUCCAGAAGCUCUCGGGUGGUAUUACAGCUGCCUUCUCUGAGACUGCCAUCGCCAGUUGGUUGAAACAAGUCAAUCCAUCCGAGUUUGAGUACAACGUUGCCGUCGAGAACUUUGUCAGAUCAUGUGCAGGCUGUUGCGUGUACACCUUUAUCCUUGGCAUUGGCGAUCGUCACAAUGAUAACAUCAUGAUUACCAAGUCUGGUCAUCUAUUCCAUAUCGACUUUGGUAGAUUCCUUGGCAAUGUACAGACUUGGAACGGUAUCAAACGAGAGAGGGCACCAUUCGUAUUCCCUCCUUCCUUUGCUCAUAUCAUUGGUGAACACUUCAAGACGUUUGAGGAUCUUUGUGGCAAGGCCUACAACAUUAUUCGAAAGAAGGCGCAUAUAUUCUUGAACUUGUUCCUCAUGAUGGUGUCGACUGGAAUGCCUGAACUUAGUCACAGGGAUGACAUUAUAUACCUUCGCGAUGCUUUGGCACUCGACCUCAACUCUGAGCAAGCCACUGCCAAGUUCUCUGAGAUGAUCCAAGAGAGUUUGAAGACCAGGGCAACCGGUGUCAACUUUGCUGUCCACAUCCUUGCCAAUCCCAACUAG